CUAUAGACAUUUCGAGAAGAAACUGAGGAGCAUGGGCAUAUCUGUACUGCUAAUAUUUGUUGUAUCAUUAAGUCGUCUCAAAGGCUAACAACAAAAUACAGACACAACACAAAAAAUACAUGAACGAUGAAAGUAAAUUAUCUAGUGUAUGUUGCCAUUGGAUGCUUGAUCAUGAUGCCUUUUAUGGUGGAUACCAUGCCAAUGAUAGCCAAUGAAGGUGUCACGAAACUGGGCGAAGAAACUGGUGUCUCCUCCGCCAGACAUCCUUAUAGCCAGCAGCUGCUAAUGAAGGGUAUCACUGAAGCUGAAUAUCUGGAUCGGCAGGACAUGCAGAUGGCGGCUGAUUACUCUGCUUAUGGCAGACAGAAAAAGGCGCAGGAUAUGCAGAGUGACGCCAGAAAGGAAAAGAAGCAGGAUUUGCAAAGUUAUGGCGGACUGGAACAGGAGCAGGAUAUGCAGAUGGCGGCUGAUAACUCUGGUCUGGGCCUUCGCAUGUUUCCCAAAGUAUAUCGAAACGAGCCGCCACCUCGUGAAGCACAUCGCAGCACUGCACCACCCCAGUUGAAAAAUAAGUGGAAUAGACGGAUUAGUGUCCAUCCUCUCCGCACCAAGGGUCUCCUCAACUUCUGGGCCAAGGCCAAGGAUAAAGUAACUAAAGGAACCACUAAGUUACUACCAAGAAAAUAUGACGAAGUGGAGGCUGAAGAUGGUAAUGAAAGUGAUGGUGCUGGUGCUGGUGAUGAUUCUGGUGCUGAUUCUGGUGCCGGUGCUGGUACUGUCGAACAGAGAGCUGGUACAGAGAUGACCAUAUCCAUGCCGCGAUACGUGACUGAUCAUAUGGGUAAUUGGGUAUUCAAUCCGUGGGGCGUCACUUUCGGGGAUGUUUGGGAAGAUACUCGUUUCCAGUUUGAAGGCAGAAAUUGGUUGCCAUGGGUCCAGAUAGAUUUACCCGAACGUGGCGAGUAUCGGAUGGAAAAGCUUCAUGGUUCAGUGUGCCAGGGCAAGUCGACCGUUUACAACCGUCCCAGAAUUUACAAAUGGUUUCCACGGUAUAUUGAUACGAAAAAACGCAAUCACCGGAAUAUCCUAGUUAAUCUGAGGACGGAGAUCUACACAGACGGCAGAUCGGAGAACUGCCACACCUCGGACUUAGACGAUUGGUACGCGUACAUGCACUGCUCUCUAUUGCGAAAUAUGCGGAUGGAUUAUUUGGUACCCAAUUAUCCUCUCCACCGUUGGUAUAACACCGACUAAUACCACCCACACCAUCCAUCCGUUAUUGCCAUUCCCAGUGAAGUGUGAAUGAAAUAAAUCUGAAAAUAUUUGUUUUGGUUA